AUGUCUUAUAAACAAUUCAAUUACUAUCCCAAUAGGGGAGAUCCGACUAGGAACGACUCAUUUCAAUAUAAUGAUGUUGCCUCUUCGAACAACAAUAGUACAAAUAAUAAUAGUACGAACGUAUUAAAUGUCCAAGGUGCAUCCGAUAUAAAUUCGGGCACUACCGGGAACCAAUUGUAUAUGGGGGACUUGGAUCCUACUUGGGAUAAGAAUACCAUAAGUCAAAUUUGGGGGUCCUUGGGCGAAGCAAAUAUUAACGUUCGAAUGAUGUGGAAUAACCCUUCUAAUGGUAGUUCCAGACCAUCAAUGGGUCCAAAAAACAAUCAGGGGUAUUGCUUUAUCGAUUUUCCUUCUUCCACACAUGCGGCAAAUGCUCUUUUGAAGAACGGGAUGAUUAUACCUAGUUUUCCAAAUAAAAAAUUGAAAUUAAACUGGGCUACGUCGUCGUAUUCAAACGGCAACAGCAGCAGCAGCAACUCGAUUAGUAACAGCAAGAGUGGCAAUAACUAUUCCAUAUUUGUUGGAGACUUAGCGCCAAAUGUUACCGAAUCACAGUUAUUCGAGCUCUUCAUUACCAGAUAUGCUUCUGCGUCUCACGCGAAAAUCGUGCAUGACCAGGUCACAGGAAUGUCCAAGGGGUACGGCUUUGUAAAAUUCAGCAGCGCUGAAGAACAACAACUAGCUCUUUCAGAAAUGCAAGGCGUAUUCUUGAACGGUAGAGCCAUCAAAGUUGGUCCUACAUCUGGUCAACAGCAGCAAAAUGUACGUACUAACGGUAGUAACGAAUACAAUCGUAGUUCUUCGUCACUGAACAAUGAAAAUUAUGAUCCGAGGUUUCCCUCCAAGAAUCAGUCAUCAUUGGGUAAUGUUUCUAAUAACAUGAGCUCGAAGAGAAACCAUAUGUCUCAAUUCAUUUACCCCGUCCAACAACAGCCGUCUCUGAACCAUUUCACUGAUCCAAACAAUACCACUGUCUUUAUUGGGGGUCUGUCAUCUUUGGUGACCGAGGAUGAGCUCCGUGCUUAUUUCCAACCUUUUGGCACGAUUGUCUACGUCAAGAUCCCAGUAGGCAAAGGCUGUGGGUUUGUUCAAUACGUUGACCGACUAUCCGCCGAGACAGCCAUUGCCGGAAUGCAAGGUUUUCCAAUUGCGAAUUCAAGAGUUAGGCUAUCUUGGGGCAGAUCUGCCAAGCAGACGGCAUUGCUCCAGCAAGCUAUGUUGAGUAACUCUUUGCAAGUUCAACAACAGCAACCAGCUUUACAGCAACCUACGUACGGAUACAUUCCCUCCACUUCGUAUGAAAAUCCAGCUCCGCUAAAUAGUAACAUUACGGCUUCAAUGCUUCCAGGUUCUCAAACUUUAAACUAUGCUAACUCAUACGCCAAUGAUAACUCGUUACUUCAUGAUUCGAGUAAUAGCUUAGGCUUAAAUGAUUUUGGUUUCUACAAUAACAAUGGUGCCACGAACGCAUCUACCGCUAGCCUAAUGACUAACAACGACUCCAUCAGCGCUAUUGAUGCCCAAGGCCAACAACAGGUUAUAAUGCAAGGAAACGAAGCAUUUGCGAAUAGCACAACUUCAAUGUUGAAUCGUUUGGAACAAGGUAGUAAUGGAUUUAUGUUUGCUUGA